AUGAAAGAGCAUCAACGAAGGGUGCAUCGCGUGAUAGGCGAGCUUCGCGACGAACUCCUCGGGAAGCACCGCAUCGAUGAUCUCCACGCGAACGUAAUCGGAGAAGAUAUGACGAUAAAGUCGGAUAAAAUGCCCCAGACGCGCCAGCUCCACCGCGAUGAAGUGGGGAACGCGGGCGUGGUAGCGGUAGAAAUCCCGCAACGCCUCCACCCACGCCCGGACCUCCUCGACCGUCAAAAACACCCAAUUCGAGAGAAAACUCAACGGAAGGAGGUCGGAGUAGACGAUGUCGAAUUUAUGUCGUUCGAUGAGCUGCUCACAGGCCUUCACGCUGAACUCCGGGCUCAGCUCGACCAUCCGCGUGCAGAGGACCUCAAACCACUCCCGCCACUCCCCGUUGUCGAGGUGGGGGUGAAUCAAAAAGUGCAUCAAAAGUGCGCCGUUGCCCGUUUCCUUCGCGGGUUGUGGGAGUUCGGAGUGGGAGGAGUUCGUUUCUGCCGCGAAGGAGCCGCCGACGGCGGUGGAUGGCGCGGGUGGGGCGAUCGGAGCGGGAGGAUCCCCUGCCGAGGCCGCCAACGCAUCCCCCUCCACGGAUGA